CAUACAUACAGCACUUUUUUCACUAAGGGGAACCAUCGUCGUCCGUCCGUCCGUUUGGGUUUGCUUCUGGUAAACUUUUUCAUUCUUUUUCAGGAUCGGAUAGGAGGAGUUUCUGAAAUUUUCUUGUUUAGCCGCCCGUUAUGCCUGAGAAAUACGGAGUGAUACUUGACGCCGGCUCGAGCGGGACUCGUAUUCAUAUCUACAGCUGGGAGGAUCCUGUAGAGACACGGAGGAAGGGGAGGAAGGAUGAGCUGCGGAGGUUGCCUAGGAUAAACACAAACAAAAAAUGGGCCAAGAAGAUCAAUCCUGGUAUUUCGACGUUCGGCGAGCAUCCGGAACGGGUUGGGGAGGAUCAUUUGAAUGGUUUGUUCGAACAUGCGCUUAGCCAAAUACCAAAGGAUGCCAUCGCCCAUACGCCAUUAUUCUUGCUCGCUACGGCUGGAAUGAGGUUGUUGCCAGAUUUAGAGCGGAAAACAUUGCUCGACGAGAUUUGCACAUAUGCUCGUCGGACGACACAGUUUCUCCUCCCCGAUUGCGGCCUUCACAUCCAGGUUAUUGCGGGCGAGACGGAAGGGUUGUAUGGCUGGAUUUCGGCAAACUACCUGUUGGGUGGUUUCGAUGACCCGGAAACGCACGCACACGGGAAGGGACAUCACACAUACGGAUUUCUGGAUAUGGGAGGGGCUAGCGCGCAGAUUGCUUUCGCACCGAAUGCGACGGAAGCGGAGAAACACGCCGAUGAUCUGGUAUUGCUGAAAAUGAGGAAUUUGAAUGGCGAUCCGAUGGAUUAUAAGGUGUUUGUGACCACUUGGCUUGGGUUCGGAGUGAACCAGGCAAGGGGUAGGUAUAUCGAUACUUUGGUUGAGGCAAGCUCCGGUGGUGGUGUCAUCGAAUUGCCAGACCCGUGCUUGCCCAAGGGGUUGAGGUCCACAUUGGACGGGAAGAAGAUUGAUAGUGACUACGUGCCUGAUGAGAAAGCCCAUUUGAUUGGAACUGGAAAGUUCGAGGAAUGUCUGCGUCAGACAUAUCCGCUGUUAGAGAAGGAUCAUUUGCCGUGUAAGGAGGUCUCCUGCCUACUUAAGGAGGGCCAUGCGCCGGCUAUCGACUUUGAUAUCAAUCACUUUGUUGGUGUAUCCGAAUAUUGGCACACCACUCACGAGAUUUUCGAGACCGAGCAUGAUGCGAAAGCCUACGACUUUGCGACCUAUCAACAGAGGGUGAAGGAGUUUUGUAGCCAAGAUUGGGAUACUAUCGAAGAACUUGUGGAGAAGAAAAAGUGGGGGAAACGGGUUGACGAAGAAAAGGCUAUGCAGACCUGUUUUAAGGCGAGUUGGCUGAUCAAUGUUCUACACAAUGGCAUCGGGAUUCCACGUGUUGGGCUCGAGACCAGCGGCAAUUCAAACCAUAACGGAACCGAGGAAGUGAUUGAGGCUGCCAAAUCGAAGGGAUUCCUCGACCCUUUUCAGCCGGUUGAUAAAAUUGCCGAUGUGGAAGUUUCAUGGACGCUGGGAAAGAUGGUUCUCUACGCAGCCAGUCAGAUUCCCCCACGUGAUGGUGGAGUAAAUGCUGUUGGCUUUGGGAAGAACGUAAUAGGCGAUAAUGGUCUUCCUAAUGAUUUCGAGUACGCUGCGCCUCAGAGAGCAUCGCAUCAUCCCGAUAAUUCAGGUAUGUCGGGUGGUUCUGGGGGAUCAAAUUUCAGCAUGGAUGGCAGCAGCGAUCAAGCCCACUGGCAUGAUUCGCUCUGGAAGGAAGGUGACAAGACCCCCAGACGUAUCCCCGGGCUCUUGCUAUUCCUCCUCAUAUUCUGCCUCGCCGGCUUCCUCCUGAUGGGCCGGGAGCGUAGAGGAAGGUUUUGGAGAGCCGUUAAAAUCUCUGGCAGGCGUGGGAAACGGAAGGUCCUGGGAAGUCACGGUGUUGUGAUGUACGAAAGGAUUAUGGAGGAAGGGCACAACCAAUUCACCGACUUUGAGCUCGGCAGUGUGUCUUCCUCUUCAUCUUCGGAUGACGAAACCGGUGGUUGGAGGGCUAAGGGAUCUUUAUAUGACCCACCGAUUGGAGGAACUGGUGUCGAUGCUGUUAGGUCUGGAUUGGGCACUCGAGUUGGUAGUAGGGAGAGAUUGCCAAUGACCACAAGAGGUGGGGAUAUCUCUCCGCGAGGAGGUAGUGCCAGGGCUCGAAGUCCAAUGCCUCCACGAUAGUGUCUGUAUUAGGCGUUUUAUGCAUCCUUCCCUUUGCUUGAUCAAGUUACUCUUUUUUUUUAGCCCCUGCAUCACUAAGCUAACUUCCUUUCCUUUCCUUUCUUCCGCCGUGGGAUUGGGUUUUACCAUAUUCUUAAUAUCUCUUUUUUCUAUUUGUUUUCUGCCGGCGUUGUAGAUGGAAGGACAAAACGGGAUGUGUAUAUAUACAGCCAUAGAGCUACGAGCGAACAAAAAGGAAGGGAUGUUUUUAUUAUGCCA